CACAUGGUUCAGACGGGCAUGAGCGCUCCUUUUGGGGCGGCUGCGCCCGCUGGGUUUCCUACCCAGAACGGAGACGUGCAAAAGGAAGUGAAGGAUGCGACCGUGGCGCUGUUGCCAGCACCUGGACAAACGGCCGCAGCCGCAGUGGCCGCGGCAGCAGCGGCGGCGGGGACGGGACCACCCUUCAGUCCGCCGCCACCCCAAUCUGUCGCUCCCGACCAACAGGGUGCAGCAGGAGGAGGAGGCAACAACAUCGUCAAUAGUCCUGUCAGGGGUUCGGCGACGUAUUCGUGUGAACAACCCCAAGUAUUACAACAGCCUGAGGCCUCGGAGGCGGCAGCAGCACCUCCGACUGCAACAGGCACACCUGAAGCCACCCCUGCGGGUAGCACCCCUGCUCAAGAUCCUACCAAAAAUCAACCUAAACGAUUACAUGUCUCCAACAUUCCAUUCCGAUUUAGGGAUCCAGAUUUGAGAGCCAUGUUUGGGGUAAGCCUUAAGACAGUGAAGUAAUAUACAAAAUAAUAA